GUGUCCGUGUCCGUGUCCGUGUCCGUGUCCGUGUCCGGUUCCGAGGGGGAAGGAGAUGGAGCUGCUGCCCAGCUCGGCGCCCCUGGCCACGAAGCUGCGGAACACCCUUGUCCAGUACCACGGCAUCGCGGACAGCGAGUGGCGGGUCGCCAAGAAAACGAAAGAUGCAACGGUGUGGCGUAAACCAUCAGAGGAAUUCAGUGGAUACCUCUACAAAGCUCAAGGAGUGGUGGAAGAUGUUACUAACAGAAUUGUGGAUCAUAUUCGCCCUGGACCUUAUAGACUGGACUGGGACAGCUUAAUGACCACAAUGGACAUCAUGGAAACGUUUGAAGAGAACUGCUGUGUGAUGCGUUACACCACUGCUGGCCAGCUCUGGAAUAUCAUAGCACCAAGGGAGUUUGUUGAUUUCUCUUACACCACAAGCUAUGAAGAUGGUCUUCUAACAUGUGGUAUUAGCCUUGACUAUGGAGAAGUGAGACCUGCUUUUGUCCGUGGAUUCAAUCACCCUUGUGGUUGGUUCUGCGUUCCUCUUAAAGACUAUCCUAGCCACAGUCUUUUGACGGGUUACAUUCAGACCGAACUGCGAGGGAUGCUGCCACAAUCUGCAGUAGACACUGCCAUGGCUAGUACUCUGGCCAAUUUCUACUCUGACCUCAAAAAGGCACUGAAAACAGGCAAAAAGUGACUCAGAAGCCCAUGUGUUUCUUGCAAUCAAAUUACAUUGUUUAGCUUAGCAUAGGUUAGCUAGUGAGUUCAGAGGUUACAUUGUUCCUGAAUGGUUCCUGAACCUUUAUGUAGAAGGAUCCAGACAAGUUUGAUGUGAUACUUAGCAUACAUUCCUAAUUCACAGCACAAGAUUUUGUUUCCUGCUCAGCACACUGCAACUGUGUGAGGAGUAGUCUGAAUCUAAACACAAGAUGAGUGUGGGCUUGAAAAAUGCAUUACAAACUCUGCUCUCACCAACAGUAUUGAGAGUAGAGUACUCAGGAUUUUGUGGGUGCAGGUUGCUGUACAGGCAGCAUCUCACUGGAGAUGUAAUUUCGUAAUAUAUAUAUAUUUUUAUAUUUACUUUAAAUUUUUGGUUUAUGUAGUUUGUACAGGUGCAUCUUUAAUUUCUAUUUUAGAAAUUUGCUUUGAUUUACUAUUGAGAUGGUCCAUAGCUAAAUUUUUAAACAGUACUGUUCAUAAGAAAGUUAUUUGCUCAUGUUAGCAAAAUAAGUAUUCAUUAUUGGCAUUUCUUUGAUAUUGUAACUGUAGCUUGAUAACUGUUGUAAGUAACAAUCUCAGUGCAUAGAUAAAGAAAUGUCCUUACAGCUGAUCCAAAGCUCAUUUAAGUCAUCAGGUAUCUUUCCAUAGUUUAUAGUGGGCUUUUAAUCAUGCAAAUAAUUGUCAAAAUAGCAAACAUCCAGUGGAUCCUCUGUAAUACUCUGCACUUCUAAAUGAUUUUUUACUUGAAUUUGCAUGUAAUUGUGUUCUCUAGCUUAAUUUUUGUCUUCCUAAACUGAAAAACCUGGAGUUACUAGAAGUACAGACAGUACCACCAACUUGCUUCAGACAUAGGUAUUGGUUUAACCACAAGAGUACAGACUGCACUGCACUAAAGCUUUCUGUUGAUUUUUGCAAUAAAUGAAAUGAGCAUCUUAAAACACAAGGAACUGAAGGUCAAAGCACGAGCUGUAGAGUUGCUCAGAGCCACUGGAUAGUGGAGGAUCAAAUUUUUAAGGAUAUUUAGUCACACAGUGAUGCUGAUGGCUAUACAGAAGGGGCUUUCAAAAGCCUACUCUCUGUGCUGCUAGGAACCCACAUUCUCUUUAAAAUGUUACAUUGACAAUUUAAUGUUAGUAUGCACCAUUUGCUCAGGUGAGAUUGUAAUUAUUGCUGUGCUUUACCAGUGCAAGUGCAGCUGCACAGUAGUUUGGGAAAGUACCUUAGAGCCAUAAUAUUGUGGGACCAGUUGUAUACAUGCAAUCCAAGGACACAAAGCAACGGCCUCAAGUUGUGCCAGGGGAGGUUUGGAUUGGACGUUAAGAAGAACAACUUCAUGGAAAAGGUGGCUAGGGAUUGGAACAGGCUGCCCGGGAGGGAAGUGGUGGAGUCACACUCCCUGGAGGUAUUUAGGAAAUGUGUGGACCUGGCACUAAAGGACAUGGUUUAGCGGUGGACUUGGUGGUGUUAGGUGGAUGGUUGGGCUUAAUAAUCUCAAGGGUCUUCUCCAACUUAAAUGAUUCUAUGAUAAUAGAGGAAGCCUUGCAUAGACUACAUGUAUAGUCGCUAAUCUCUGCAUAUUGUUGUCUCCUUUUUUUAAUGCUUCUGGGCUGAUUGAGGGGUUUUGAUACAGAUGUAUGUAGAGCAAAAUACUCCAUUGCUCCAUAAAGAGCACUGAUUAAACCUUCACAGAGCCACUUCAGUGUUAGAGAAGCAGGUCAAAAGGAGCUCAAGACUCUUACGAGAGGAUGUUUGCAGAGCACUGGACACUGCAGAAAAGAUCACAAGGUCCUUGUUGUAAAUACCCAUUAUAAGGGCUGUAGCAUGUUGGGAGUAUCAAGCCUUAUUUGUGUUAAGUGAAAUGGCUUUUUACACUUUCAGUGAAGAUAGGCUGAUGAAGCACAGAGCAGCCAAAGGAAGAAGGCUUGUGUUUAAAUAGAAGAAAAUCACUGGCAUUUUAAAUAUGAAAGUGUUUUUUAUAUACAUUUUCUCCAUGCAGGUUUCCUUUUUAUUGACAGAGUAGUUUUCAGUAACAGUCCUAGGGAUGGAAAGAUUUUGUGACUAAGGGCAAAUAUCUGAAAGCAAAGCAUGCCUUCUAUUUUGCAUUGUGGUACAUUAUAAUUUGUUCUUUUAGCACUGAUUAAGCUGGCUUCAUAUGUUUUAACACAAGUAGUCUAUUGCUUCUGCCAAUGAGUCUGAACGUUAAAGUUAGUAACAGAAUAGAGAUUACAGAGGCGAAGACGGGAGCUAGAUGUUUUUAUGUCAGCAUAAAACAAUUCUUCAGUUUUCGUAUAAGGAGAAAUCAUGGAAGGUGCUAGCAAACCUUAAGGAUUUAUUUUGGGGAUUCUCAUUCUUGUAAAAGAUUUUCUAGUUUAGGAGCACAACAAUUGACAACAUAUGCUGAUUACGCUGCUGAAGCAAUGCAUAGCUGGUAGCCCUACGCUGAUUAUUCUAAACAGUUCAUCUAUAGAGUAAUACUGAACUGUAAGAAAGGUGUCCAAUUUCAUAUGGUAUUGUAUUUGUUUAAAAUCAAAACUUUAUUUCUUUUUAUAUAGCUAGGGAUUGAGAGGAGUGUUAUAUCAUGCAGCAGACCUGUUCUUUAUCCAGAGUACAUUCAGAAUGAAGAAAGCCACAAAAUCAAGUACUGAUCAGAUCAGAACUUCUUUCCCCAUCAUUGCAUUGCUUUCCUCCAAAGGUAAUGGAUGGUCUAGAUGGAGCAAGGUGGUACAAAUAGGAAGAGAACUGAGGGGACAAAAGUGCAGGAACAUGUUACUUGGCUUGUUAGGAGGUAGUUUCACAACAGCGGAAUUUGUGCACGUUUGUGAGGUUAGCCAAUAUUUUUGUUGGGAAGGUUCACAGGCUACCUUCAUUACUUCAGUUUAGUGUUUCAGCUAAACUAGAACAGGACAGUGUCAUCUGAAAGUAGCUUCUGAAUGAGGUGCCCAAGAUACCAGUUUUUGCUGGAGAAAUAGCAUGUAUAUAUAUAAAUGCAUCAAAAUUAUUUUUAUAUGACUAGUAACUGGGGGGAAAAAUAAAUAUUCUUUUCAGGGGUUUAGGCAAUAUACCAGUUUAUUUAAAGUUUGGCACUUUAACUAGGUCCUUUUCCUACCUUUUCCAGGCAGAAGGAUGGCUAAUGAUAAGAUGAUUUUCAUGUUUAGCUUUUGCUUGUCAUUGAAAACCUUCAUUAUUGAACCUUGUGUGUAAUUGUGCUGCUUGUUUUGUACUCUACCACAGCCUGCUAGGAGGUGGAUCAGUACCUCAAACAGAUACUCUGGGAACAGCACAAGCCUUGAUCUCACAUUUGAUUAAUUUAUAAUGCUUUUAAUAGACCAAAAUGUGAUGACAGUGUGUAAUUCCUUCAGUAAUCAUAAAUAACCAGAACUAUUUGACGGUGUGAACUGGUGAUUAAUAAACCUACAAGGUUCAUUGCUGGAAAAAGAGCCAUGGUUCUAUUGAAACCAGUCAAGUUGUGCCUAUGUUCAGAAAGUCAAAAUCAAUCUGUCUUAACAGUGGUUUUAACGGACUGUGUUCAGUGCUUAAGAGAUUUGUGUUUAUAUUUUGAAUGCAAUUGCAGAAUAAAUUAAAACAUGAACUCCAA